AUGAAGGAUAUUCUAUGGAUAUUAUGCAAAACAAUUGUACGGAUUUGUGUUGCUGGAAUCUUAAUCUAUUCAGCCGUAUCAACUUUUAUUUUACCUUGGAUUUCUCUUUAUUUUCCAAGCGAAAAAAUGCAUGAGACGGACACCUCUCAACUCGAAUAUUCAAGCAGCUUCAAUGAUUUAGACACCGACAGUAUAAUUUUAUCGUCGCCAUCAACAGCUGCAGAUUUAGAACAUUUUGGUUACGAACUUUUUUCAAAUGUUAGUCAACAACAGAAUGGUACAAAUAUAUUUCUUUCGCCAACAAGUAUUGCUCUGGCUUUGUCAAUGUGUAUAGCUGGUGCUCGAGACGAAACAUUAAAUCAAGCGUUACGUGUACUUCAUGCAUCAUCAAUAGAAGCAUUAACAAAAACAGUUGAGCAAAUUAUGCAUAUGAUUUCCAUGACUGCUCAUAAUAAAAAGGUAGAAUUUAAAUUAGCUAAUCGACUUUAUGCGAGCAAAGCGUAUAAAAUUCAAGAUGAUUACUUAAAACUUGUUCAAAAUUCUUUUCAAUCUGAUGUUAAACUUGAAGAUUUUGAAAACAAUCGUAAUGAAGUUGUCCAAACAAUAAAUGCAUGGGUUGAAGAACAAACAAAUCGAUUAAUUCAAAAUUUGCUUUCGACAGAUGCUGUUCCUACUAAUACGCGACUAAUUAUUGUUAAUUGUAUUUAUUUUAAAGGUAUAUGGAAAAAUAGAUUUCCGGAAAUUUUGACAAAAAAGGCUGAUUUUUAUGAAGCUAAUGGUCAUAUUUCAAAAAUAGAUGUAAUGUUUCAAACAGGAAAAUAUGCUUAUGCUGAAAACAAUGAUUUACAUGCACAAAUUGCUCAUUUGCCAUAUCAAAGUGAUAAUGAAAAUAUUCAGUUUGCUUUCGCUGUAAUUUUACCUAAGCAAGAUAUUUCAUUAGAUGAAGUUGAACGAAAAUUAGCAUUGCAACCAGAUUUAAUGCAAUUAGUAUUAAGUGAUCAUAAUACUAGCAUGACAGAGCUACUUUUAUACUUACCAAAAUUUAAAAUGAAAGCUUCAUUAAAAUUGGGUGAUGUUCUUAAACAACUUGGAAUGGAAAAUGCAUUUAAUUCUACUGCAAACUUUACUGGUAUCACUAGUCAGCAAGAUGGUGAAGAUGGUAUUUUUAUCAGUGAAGUUAUUCAUAAAGCCUUUAUCGAUGUCAAUGAACAAGGAACGAAAGCAGCAGCUGCUACUGCUGGUGUUACUUCUGUGUUGUUUUCAGCAACAGCACUGAAACCCAUGCCGAUUUUAUUCAAAGCCGAUCGACCGUUUUUAUUUUUCAUUCGCGAAAGUCGACAAAAUAUCGUUUUAUUCAGUGGCAAACUUGUUUCACCACCAUCAGCAUUAUAA